CAACUCUGUUUUUAUAAAAGCGGCAUGGCGGCUUGUACAUUUGGCUACAUUAAAUUCCAAAUAUAAGCUUCUCAUAUCAAACUUUACGUCAAAUCGCACAAAGUAAUGAUUGCCAAUCAUAUAGAACAGCCGAUCGUCGACCUUGCAGAGAAACUUCCAAAAUACUGCAAUUACUACAAGCAUUUACUAGUCGAGGAAUUGGUGCUUGAAGCAGAUUUUAGGCAAUUGCAUUAUGGAAAGUGCGCGGUUAUAGGACGAUUGUGUGCCAUUCCAGAUCACUUUAAGUUGGAGAACGUAACAGUGCCGCACUUGCCAAGUGACUGCAAAUUGCCCACCGGAGCGGUAUCCGUGUUACUGUUGAACUUCAACUACGACGCUGCUGGCGACACAAGUCUGGCACAUGGAAAUUACUGCGUUGUCCGUGGAGAGGUUGUACUGUGUAAUGUGGAGCAGCCCAACAGUGAACUUUUAACCAUAAGAGGCUUGUAUGAACAUUUAUUGUUGCUGGGCGACGACAACAAAGGACGUUACGCAUUUCUUGAAGCUAUACAAAGGACUCAUAAGCCAGCACUUAAUGUGUGGCAUGCAGGACGCAUAGAUCUGGCCGAAGAGUUGCUACAAAGUCGCCUAGAGGUGCGAGUGCUGUGCCAUAGCUGA